CGCGGCGAGCGGCGUGCGCGGGCAAUGUGUCUGCGAGCGGCCGCGAUGCAGGCCCUAGCGUACGUGGUGUGCUGGCUGAGCGGGCUCGCUGCCGCGCUCGGCGAGGACUUCCUCUCCCGCGCCUACGAGAAUAGAACUGACCCCGCUUCGCGACAGCUCUACGACUUCAGAAAAACUCACCCAAAACCGAUCGGAUUAUUCACUCUCAGCUCCGGAUAUCCAGUCGAGAUAAGGGAAACCAAUGCAUUGAAUAGUGACUUACUGAUGAAUCGGUUCUUUCUUGACAACAUUUUGCAUUUCGUCUCCGAAAGAAUACCUGAAAGAGUUGCGGCCGGUAAGGGCACCGCGGCGCAGGGCUACUUCGAGGUGACGCACGACGUGUCGCAAUACACCAAGGCCGAGGUGUUCACUGGCGUCGGCAAGCGCACGCCCGUCUCCGUGCGCUUCUCCACCACUGUGCAGAACCGCGGCGGCGUCGAUGCGGGCCGCGAGCCCAAGGGCAUGGCGGUCAAGUUCUACUCGAAGGAGGGCAACCUUGACCUCCUAUGUCUGAACGCGCCCGUCUACUUCUACAAGGACCCCGAGUACUUCUUCAGCGUGGUGCACGGCACGCGCCGUAACCCACGCACUGACCUCUUUGACCGUACAAUGCGCGGCGACGUGUUCACGCUGCGUUUCGACGCCAUCAACGCCUUUCUGCGCCUGCUGUCCGACAGCGGCAUCCCCAAUGGCUUCCGAAAGAUGGACGUAUUUCCUAUACAUACCUUCGAGAUAUACAACGCCCAUGGUGAAAAGUAUUUCGUAAAAUUUAAUUUCAGAACUUUGCAGGGCAUAGAGAAUUUACCGUCGGACGAGGCGACGCGACUAAAUGGCCUGGAUCCAGAUUACUUUGUGAAAGACUUGUACAAUGCCAUAGCCGAGAAGAGGUACCCUUCAUGGAGAUUGGAUAUGGAUGUUCUGACUUUCGACGAUUUGCUACAAUUAGAUUUUAAUCCGUUCGAUGUAACAAGACUCUGGAAAAAAGGAACAUACCGCACCGUGACCGUCGGCAGGCUAGUGCUCGAUAAGAACCCCGACAACUCGCAUCGGGUCGCCGACCAGCUGGCCUUCAAUCCCGCUAACCUGGUGCCCGGAAUAGCCGGACCCAAGGACCUACUGUUCAGGGGGCGAAGUCUCGCCUAUCCCGCGACACAAAAUCAUCGCUUAGGAAGUAACCAUAAUAAGAUUGAAAUCAACAGACCUCUUUAUGAGAAAAAUUAUAAUCGCGACGGAGACCCUCCGGAGAGAGACAAUAUGAAAGACGCCCCGAACUAUUAUCCGAAUUCUUUCAGUGGCCCGGUGCCCUACGUCGAUGCCUCCCGUCCUAAAGAGCAAAUAAUGGUCUACGAGAGCAACGCCGUGGAUCUAGAAGACCCUGCUUAUUUUUAUAACCACAUAUUGCAAACGGACGAUGAAAGGGACAGACUAGCGAAUAACACCGUCGACUUCUCUCUUCUUACCGCACCGCCGUUCCUACAGAGACGUAUUAUCAGACUAUUCUCUUGGAUCUCUCCCGACCUGAGCCGACGAGUGGCGCUGAAGCUGCGGCAGCGGCUGGCGGCGCCUCCGCCGCGCCCACCGCGCGUUCUGCGUCCCGCGAACUGCAUCGUCGGCGGAGACGAGCGCGAUUGCAGCCGCGCCAUCGACCACGAGGACAUCUCAUACGCUGAACAUCUCUUCCAUUAUUGAUAUCUCAUUGGUACUUUGAUGCCAUGUCAUGUUUAAUUUGAAUAAAUAAAAAAAUAACAAUAACGACACAAAA